AUGUUUUGGAGGGUUUGGAGUCGAGUGUCGGUCUUUCUCUUCCUUCUUGUCGCCUCGUCGUGCUUAGAAGAAGCUAUAGAACACGUGAAAAAUGACAUCCAGCACGACUCGCCACCAGACGGCGACGACCCUGCUGCUUCCGAAGCGACCAGCGGCGAUACCGAACUCCAGAGACAGUGCUGUGAACAGGGGAAGCAGUCUGCCGACGCCACGGGCGCCUGUGUCGGGAAGGCCCGCCGGUAUGUGAAGACUCUCACCCUGGAUGACGACAACGCCAAGCUGUGUAGGGUUGCCUUCAGUGGCUGCUGCAAGACUGAGAAAACUUCGGCUCCGAAGAAAGACGUGAAACAACUGGGCGGCGGUCCUACAGAGAAAGAAGGAGCCACUAAGAAGAAAGCUCCUAAGGCAAAAAGAGGUGAUCAGGAGCUCCGCACGUCGUGUUGUGAGCGCGGCCGCCAGUCCAUCCGCCAGCGGGGCUCCUGCGAUGUCAAGGCCCAAAGCUAUGUCAGGACUCUCACCCUGACAAGAGGCAAGGCCAAGCUCUGCAGGAUGCUGUUCACUGGCUGCUGCAACAGGGCUAGCAGGGUACCUUCGAUUCCGGAAAACCCCGAUGUAGAUGUAAGACAACUUGGCGGUACCACACCAAGCGAAGGAGAUGCAAACGAAAAAGGCAUUGAACCGGCCUGGAAGCGGCGCCUGGACAACCGAUGCUGCAACGCCGGGAAGCGGAGCGCCGCUGCCACCCCGGGGUCCUGCCAGUCCCGGGCCCGCACCACCGUCCGCAAGGCCAUCGCCCGGUCCCGCGUCGGCAAGUCCCACGGCCGCGGUACUACCCGUACAGACAUGGCCGCCUGCGGACAGACCUUCAUCCGCUGCUGUAACGAAGUUCCCAUCGCGUAAAUUUCUGUGUUGUAACGAAUUUUCUUUCUUGCAAAUGAGAAGAAAUAUUUCAUUUUUAUCCAAAUUUGGGCACAUUUUUGGGAACGUCUAGCCGUCCAUAUGUUGUAACAGAAUUUCUAUCGUUUGAAAGGGGAAGAAACAAUUAGAACUCUUAGGGCCAUUUAUAAACCUCUAGCCCUUUCUUUGUUGUAAGGUAAAAUCACCGCUUUCAAGUACAAUGUAUCUUUAACCAUCGUCCGUAAGGCCAUAGCCCAGUCCCGCGUCGGCAAGUCCCACGGUCGCGGCACUACCCGUACGGACUUGGCCGCCUGUGGACGGACCUUCAUCCGCUGCUGUAACGAAGUUC